AUGACCGCUCCUUCUCAAAAUUUAAAUGGCCAAAAUAAAUCCCCUUCCUCCUCCUCUUCUUCAAAUUCUCAUUCAUUUUCUGCAGCAUUUAUUAUUGUUUUAUGGCGUCACAGACUUUCCCUUCAUGGAAUUAGAAAACCCAAAGGAAUUCGUUUAAUUAUUAUUGGACCUUCAGAUUUGCUUAUUAAUGAACAAGAAGUUGAUGUUAUUCACAAUGUAGAUGGCCCAAUAACUGCAAAAGACCACAAUUUUGCUGCUUUACUUCAAAAAACUAGAGAACAAUGUUCUGCUCUCGAAAAUGUUAAAAGAGUAAUUUGUACAUUCGAAAGAUGCUUACAAAGACAAAUUGCUCAGAUUAGGGAAGAAUUGGGAAUUGAAGGGUUAACUGUUGACCAAUUUGAUCAAUUAAUGCACAGACAAAGUGUUAGGGCUAUUUGUAAAAGAGGAGGGCUACAAACUUUAAAAUUUUGUUCUUUUGGUUCAGUUCAAGGAAAACUAGAUGAAUGGGUUUCUCAUGCAAAUACCCAAGUUUGUAAUUACCCAAUGUUGUUACGGCCAGUUUGUGUAGAACAAAAUUGUUUACAUACUUUAGCUAUUGCAAGAAAUAGUAAUGAAUUGAAAGAGUGGAUUAAAGCCCGCCCCCAUUCUUCUAAUUUUGCCUCUGAAACAGAUUAUUUAGUAGAAGAAUGUUUAAUGGAUGGUUUUGAAUUUAUUUCAAUAGCUUCCACAAGAACUGGAUUAAUUGGAACUUUUUGUUCAAUAGAUUCUCGUAAAACUUUAAUUUGUUCAGUUCUUGCCCAACAAUCAUAUUCUAUAGAAUAUUUAAAUUCUGAAAUGACUCGGGAUGUCUUACCUGGAGUUGAAAGUUUUGUAAUGCAAACAUUAAAAACUGUUUUUGUCCGUUCAGAUAUUUUCCCUCCUCUUGUAUUUAUUAAAGGGUUUUAUAGAGGACAUAAUUCAAUUACAUUUUUGAGUGGUUCUUAUGAACUUGGUAAAAAGUCUUUAACAAAUCUUUUUACUUGGGCAAAUGAAGGGAAAAAUUGGGAAGUUAUUUCAAUUCAAUGUGUUUUGGAUGCUUUAAUGGAAAAUAUUAAUUGUUUAGUGCAAGAAAAUAAAAUAAAUGGAUAUAAUAAUUUAAAUGAACAUCAAAAUGGUUGUUCUAUACAAGAAAAUGGAUAUAAUAAUACUAAAAAUAAAAAACAUUUUGCUUUAAUUAAUUUUCCAAACAAUGAAGGGGUUCUUUUACAUCAAUCAUCUAUUCAAUUACGUGCUUAUUCUAAUAGUAAAAUUCGUUUAGCUUGGAGGGUAUCUGAAGGAGAAGAACUUUUGGAUGCUGAUGGAAUUGAUGAUAAUAUAUUACAGAUCUUCCUAAAUAAUCCAAAUCGUCAUGAACUUCUUCGCGACAUUGCAGAUCUCUGUCGGCGAAUAGAAAUUCCAAUUGACAGGAAUUCAAUGGCUGGAACUGAAAGGCGUUUACCUAUUUGUAGGAGAGAUUUACGUGCAAUUGCUGCAUCUUCUAGUUCCCCUUUUAGUUCUGGGCAUCAAUUAAUUAGAAGCUGUACAACUACUGAUUAA